ACAGACGACACCCUGUGAACCACAGGACAGCGGAUUGGAGUGAGACCAUUAUCAGAUAAACAGCUCAGAUGGAAUGAGGCUGUCCCUGCCUCACUGCUCUCUCCCUCUCAGACACACGAGCUCCCUGGCAGAUAUAUAAGAGCUCCUCACGCUGAUUCUUUGAGGGACAUUGGGCUCUUUCUUCAGAAGAGAACAGCCAACAUUUAAUGACAGCAGUUGUUGAGGCGGACUGCUUUUUCCAAACCUGGAUCACAUGGGAAGAAGGAUUACAGCAGGCCAACUCCUCCUGAUUCCAGAGAAGACACCAACAUUCAGGAUGUAAAUAUACUUUACAAAAGAAAUUGGGUUGCUUUUUGUUUCUUAGUGUUCACUGAGGUCAGCGGAUGGAGAACACGACCUUACAAAUGAUGUUUUCCGGCAAUGACUCGACUCUGGACCUAGACACCAAGGUCAUUCACAGCUUUGAGAUUCCUCAAACCAUCAAUGGCUUCAGUGUGACCAUGGCCGUCCUCCACCUGGCCGUGUGCAUCGUAGGAUUGGCUGGGAACUCAGUGGUCAUCAUUGCCAUUCUCAAGCUGGAUAAAAUGUCGUCCGCCACAACUGUCUACAUCUUCAACCUGGCUUUGGCGGAUGGUCUGUUUAUGGUGGGACUCCCGUUUGUGGCCUUCCAGAACUUCCAGAACCAGUGGAUCUUUGGCGACCUGGCCUGCAAGCUGGUCAUGGUCCUGGAUGGCAUCAACCAGUUCACCAGUGUGUUCUGCCUCACGGUGAUGAGCGUGGACCGUUACAUGGCGCUGGUGGAUCCCCUUCGCUUCGCUUGCUGGAGAACUCCGAAACGGGCCAAGAUUAUCUCUGCUUUCCUAUGGCUGUUCUCCUUGCUUCUGGUCCUGCCCAUGGCAGUUCACUUCUCCGUGAGCUACGGCCUGUGCAUGGCCGACACCUUCAUGGCCAAGUGGUGGAUGACGUUCCUCGUCUACACCUUUGUGCUGGGCUUCGUGCUGCCCUUCGUGGUAAUGAUCAUCUUCUACACAGCUCUGGUGAUGACCCUGAGGAGCGCCAGGCAGCGGGGCAGGAGUUCCUCGACGCAGGAGAGCCAGAGGCAGGAGAAGCAGGUCACCAAGAUGGUGGUAGCCGUUGUUGUGGUCUUUGGCAUGUGCUGGCUGCCAUUCUACGUCUUCAACUUCUGCUCACUGUACGGGACAAACAUGAUGCUUGCCUUCGCACGUGGCUUUGAGAUCGCGGUGUUGUUGUCCUACUCGUGGAGCUGUGCCAAUCCCAUCCUGUAUGCUUGCCUGUCGGAGACAUUCCGCAGGUACUUCCGCACUCUCCUCUGUCCACACAAGAGCUCAGCCAGCAUGACCUGCACGAGGGAUACUGAGGGCUAUGACUUACGAGACACAAACAGACAGGACAUCAGCGUCCUCAUUUAGAGUUUUUCUGAAACACUUCAUCUGAAGGCUAAGUACAUAGGGACUUCAAAACACAUGCAUAAGCUGGUUUAUGAUGUUGUAUUGAUGUGAGGGCUUUUCAACUAAAGUGACAGACAUUUGUUCCAUUA